UUCUCUCUCCUAUAAUCCCAAUCAUACACUCUAACUUUUUGAUUUCCAAUAAAUCAUGAAUCUAAGCACAACUAUAGCUCACAAGUAACAAGCACUCCCUCCUCUCUUCCUCUCUCUCCCUCUCUCUCUCUCUACUGGAGAGAAACAAACCAAAUAAAAAAAAAUGGUUUUGGUUGCAAAACAUGGGAGUGAAGGAGGAGAGGAUGAUGCUGCAUUAGAUUUUUGGGGGAACCCAGUGGACAAAUCAAAAACAGGGGGAUGGCUUGCUGCAGGGCUCAUCUUAGGAACUGAACUUUCUGAAAGAAUAUGUGUGAUGGGCAUAUCAAUGAACUUGGUGACAUAUUUAGUUGGGGAUUUGCAUCUCUCUUCAGCCAAAUCUGCCAAUAUUGUGACCAACUUUUUGGGUGCUCUUAAUCUUCUUGGCCUUCUCGGUGGAUUCUUAGCAGAUGCUAGGCUUGGACGGUACCUCACUGUUGCAAUCUUUGCUUCCAUAACUGCUGUGGGUGUGAUUUUGUUAACACUGGCCACAACCAUCCCUGGCAUGAGACCCCCUCAUUGUGAUGACUUCAGAAGGCAACUCCAUCAGUGCAUUGCAGCUAAUGGUGGGCAACUUGCCCUGCUCUACGCUGCACUUUACACAAUAGCACUUGGCGGAGGUGGGAUAAAAUCAAACGUUUCGGGAUUCGGGUCCGAUCAAUUCGACAUCAAUGAUCCAAAGGAGGAGAAGGCCAUGAUCUUCUUCUUCAAUAGGUUCUACUUUGCCAUAAGUAUUGGGUCGUUGUUCGCUGUCAUUGUGUUGGUUUAUGUACAGGACAAAGUGGGGAGAGGAUGGGGAUAUGGAAUCUCAGGAGGGACCAUGGUGAUUGCUGUUAUUGUAUUGCUUUGUGGGACAACGUUUUACAGGUUUAAGAAGCCUAGAGGAAGUCCCCUUACAGUUAUAUGGAGGGUGGUGCUUUUGGCUUGGAAGAAGAGAAAUCUCCCUCACCCAGCUCAUCCCAGCUUCUUAAAUGACUACCAAAACGCCAAGGUUCCUUACACUUGCAAGUUCAAGUGUCUUGACAAAGCUGCAAUUCUGGAUGAGUACACUGCUGUCGACCAAAACAGAUACAACCCCUGGAUAGUCUCGACGGUGACUGAAGUUGAAGAAGUGAAAAUGGUGUUGAAGCUCUUACCCAUCUGGUCCACUGGCAUCCUGUUUUGGACGAUCUACUCUCAGAUGACUACAUUCACAGUGGAGCAAGCCUCAUUUAUGGACAGAAUCGUUGGCAGUCUUGAGAUUCCUGCCGGUUCUAUGUCUGCCUUCCUGUUCAUCACCAUCCUGCUGGUGACUUCCUUGAAUGAGAAACUAUUCAUACCGAUCGCUCGGAAGCUGACUCACAAUGUCCAAGGUCUCACAAGCCUUCAGAGGAUUGGGAUUGGCCUCGUUUUCGCAGUUUUUGGCAUGGUGGCUGCUGGAAUUGUUGAGAAAGAAAGGAGGGCAUUCUCUGUGGGGCAAAAUAUUCAGAUAAGUGCUUUCUGGUUAAUUCCCCAGUACUUCUUGAUUGGUGCUGGAGAGGCAUUUGCAUAUGUUGGACAACUCGAGUUUUUCAUCAGAGAAGCCCCGGAACGAAUGAAAUCCAUGAGCACGGGACUCUUCCUUAGCACACUUUCCAUGGGAUUUUUUGUUAGUAGCUUGUUGGUAACAAUUGUAGAUAAAGUAACCAACAAGCGCUGGCUGAGAAGUAAUCUCAACAAGGGAAGUUUGAACUACUUCUAUUGGCUACUUGCAGUGCUGGGGCUGCUAAACUUCUUAUUUUUUCUUCUCCUAGCCCGUAAACAUCAGUAUAAAGACCAGCAUUAUUCCAAUUCCACAGACAACAAUGAGGAACUCAAGAAUUCAAGUAACAUGGUCGCAGUUGAAAUGGAAGGGCCAACAAGCAUGAAGGCAACAGAAAUCUAGAGUGUAUGCUUCAUCAAGGUGUCCAUUUUAUAAGUUUCAAAUCCUGCAUGAGUUUGAUUAUCUAGAAGCCUAUAGCUACAACCAUCCUAUGGCUAUGCUUACAGCAUUAAUGAACAGAUCAGCGAUUGCCAUUUUGUCUUCCAGGGUUUUAUAUAAUUUAAACCAUUCAGCAUA